UUCGCUGUGGCGUCAUGAAGUUUCGCGCCAAGAUCACCGGCAAGGGCUGUCUAGAGCUGUUCAUCCACGUCAGCGGCACCGUCGCGAGGCUGGCGAAGGUCUGCGUGCUCCGCGUGCGCCCUGACAGCCUGUGCUUCAGCCCCGCGGGCUUCCACGGCCUCCGUGAGGCCGGGCUGUGGUGCGAGGCCGGGCUGUGGUGCGAGGUGCGGCGGGGGGCCUUCCAGCAGUUUCGCAUGGAAGGUGUCUCGGAAGACCUCGAGGAGAUCCACCUGGAGCUGACGGCGGAGCACCUGUCCAGGGCGGCGAGAAGCGCCGCGGGCGCGUCCUCCCUGAAGCUGCAGCUGACGCACAGGCGCCGCCCCUGCCUCACGGUGGCGGUGGAGCUGGCCUCGUCCCUGGGCCGCGCUCGCAGCGUGGUGCACGAUCUGCCCGUGCAGGUGCUUCCCCGAAGAGCGUGGCGAGCCUCCCUGCCGCCCAGCCUGCGCGCCGCGGACGCCAGCAUCUACCUGCCGCGCUGGAGGACGCUGCGGAGCAUCGUGGAGAGGAUGGCGAACGUGGGCGAUCACGUGCUGGUGGAAGCAAACCUCAGGGGCAGGAUGACCCUGAGUAUGGAGACGGAGGUGGUGUCUAUUAAAAGUUACUUUAAAAAUCUUGGAAACCCUCGGGAGUCGGCUGGUGCGCCUCCAAACAGAGACCUGGAGAGCAUGGUGCAAGUGCGGGUAGAUAAUCGGAAACUCCUGCAGUUCUUGGAGGGACAGCAAAUAAAUCCUACGAUGGCCUUAUGCAAUAUUUGGGACAAUCGUCUUCUUCAGCUUGUUUUGGUUCAAGAAGAUGUCUCUCUUGAGUAUUUCAUUCCUGCUUUGUAAAAAUUCAGCCAGCUUAGAUUUCUUUUUUUUAAGCUUACGAUCUUUUCAAAACUGAAACAGACCCUGAGUUAAUUGGGUUGAAAGUUUGCACCUUCUCUGACUUAUACAGGGCGUAUAUUUUGUUGAGCCCUUCCUCCUUUGCAAAAUUUAUAUUAAAGCAUUGAU